AUGCCUUCCGUGACGAACGUGUCCCCCGUGGCGCAAGACACACACGCAAAGGCCUCAUUCUAUGGGGAUUUGAUAGACUACACCGAUGACGAACACAAGACGUUACCAGACGAUACAACGGAGGACGACACGUCAGAAGGCGAGGAGUCAGAGAGCGGCAAGUCAGCGGACGAGGAGUCACUGACCGGGACUGCGAUUGCGAGAAGCCCCUUGGGCAUGAGUGAGCCCCCCGACUGGGAGGCGUGGAUAGGCAUUCACCGGGGAACCACCGGGUUCAGAGUGACAAAGGACGCUGACCAUCACGGCGCGAUUGUUAACCUUACUCGAUCCGACGAGGUAUUUGUGACGAGUGGCCCGCGCGAUCAGCUUCACGCCAUGAUUGAUAGGGUGCUUGGCGAGAACGAUGGAAAGAAGUGGGUGUAUGAGGACGACGGCAAGGAGGCUGAUCGUAGCUUCAUCCGCGUCGCACGAGAGGCGGGGUCAGGUCCGCUGAACUUGGGGCAUGAGAUCCAGAAGCGAGCCGUGGUCAACCAGCUAUUCGGUGAUUUGGUCAAACGCCUGCUCACUUUCCAGGUUGAGGCCGCGUCCUCUGAACAAGUCCCGUUCGUCCUGAUUGCCGCUGUGUGUUACAGGAACGAGUCGACACCGGUUAGAAUCCGCCUCUUCACUGGCCGAGGUGUUGAAUUCCCCCCUCAUUACAAGGCAACCUAUAAUGGUUCCGACUGGGAGAUUGGCGCCGUUGGUCACACAUACUUUAUGCUCCAUGUGCAGAGUAAUAUCCAGGUCACCAAGACCAUGCCGCACAUGCACAACAUCAUCACUGGUCGCGUUUCUGGCACGCAUAAGCAUGUGGUGGGAGACGAUAAAAGGCACAGAUUACCCAGGAAUGAAGAGCACCACUUGGUGGUUGCUGAGCGCCGCAGGGCUGAGUGA